CCAAUAAAAACAGAAUAAGUGUUAUUCUAUUUUUAUUAUAUAAGAAUAUGAAAUUGCCAUGCAUUGUCUGACCAUUGAAGAAUGUGAUUAAAUAGAAGCUGUAUGUCUAAACUUUAUCUGUAGAAGCUCUGCCAUCUAAAACAAGGUGUUUCUCACUCAGCUGUCCCAACUGCAAAAAGCCCAUCAUUUACAAUUGAACAAUGCAAUUCUUACAGAGCUUAGUUAAAAGCUGCUGGGCAGGAGAUAAACAGGGCCCUUAUAGUAACGUUAGCAAGCAAUCCCUAUCAGGUCCAAUUGAUAAACAAGCUAUAAUAGACAGCAGUGAAUGGGAUAAUCCCUCAUCAUCAGAAGUUUUGACACAGGAUUUUGUUUCUAAUUUGUAUGUUUUCACGUUGAAUGAGCUUAAAACUAUUACAAAAAACUUCAGAUUGGAUUUUCUAUUGGGGAAAGGAGGGUUUGGCAAAGUUUACAAGGGUUUCAUUUGUGAGGACACGAAAACAGGACUUACAGCCCAGCCUGUUGCUGUGAAGGUCCUUGAUCUAGAAGGUCGUCAGGGCCACAAAGAAUGGCUGGCAGAAGUCAAGUUUCUGGGACAGUUGAGUCAUCCUCAUUUGGUGAAACUUAUUGGCUAUUGCUCCGAAGGUAAACAGAGACUUCUCGUUUAUGAGUUUAUGGCUAAAGGAUCUCUUGAAAAUCAUCUGUUUCGAAAGAUGUCUAAUUCACUGUCUUGGCCAAGAAGAAUGAAGAUUUUACUUGGGGCUGCCAAAGGGUUAGCUUUUCUUCACUGUGCUGAGAAGCCAGUUAUCUAUCGUGAUUUUAAGACAUCAAAUAUUCUGCUCGAUAAGGAUUAUAUGGCAAAGCUUUCAGACUUUGGUCUUGCAAAAGUUGGGCCAGAAUGUGGCCAGACUCAUGUUUCAACCGUUGCCAAGGGUACAUACGGCUAUGCAGAUCCUGAGUAUAUCGCUAGUGGUCAUCUCUCAACCAAAAGUGAUGUGUACAGCUUUGGCGUAGUAUUACUUGAAAUGCUUACUGGUAGACCGUCUAUUGAUCACACAAGGCCUAGCACAGAACAAAACUUGGUUGAAUGGGCUUAUCCACUUCUUAACAACAAAAGGAAGCUGUUGCAGAUCCUUGAUCCUCGACUAGAGAAAGAAUAUUUUGUCAAAGAAGCUCAGAAAGUUGCAAAGUUAGCCUAUCAAUGUCUUAGCCAAAAACGUAAAUCUAGGCCACUCAUGAAGGAUGUAGUUGAAACAUUGGAGUCUCUUCAAAUUGUGAAUGAUUUCGCAAAUAUAUCUUUCAUAUACACUGUGGGUAGGGGUUUGAUUACGUAUGAGAUUUAUGGUCAAUCACCUGAAAAUGAUAACUUGGCAAAUGAUUCUUAA